AGAAUGAAGCCCGCACCGGGGGCGGCUCGGCGGGGCGGAGUCAAAGCGCAGGCAAGCUUAUUCCUGGAAAGCGUGUAGAGAGAAACCAGCGCUCGAUUCCCGGGAGCGCGCGCCGCUUCAACGAACGCAGAAGCCAGCGGGCGGGCACAGAGAACAAGAGGAGGGGCGCGCACACAGAAAUGCACGCACACUUACACGCGCGCGUACAUCGGAAUAAAAAAAAAACACCCAAAGUAUAGAAGGAUUAUUCGCCACGAAGAGUCGCGUUUCGGGCUGUACGCUUGUUUUAAAAAAUUGCGAAAGGAGACUUUGUCGGGGAUCGCUUGCGCGCGUGCACGUCGUCCGGAGUCAGUGACGUCAGAGCUGCCAGUGCCGAAAGGCGUUCUCGGAAUAGACUUCUAGGAAACAGUCAAUUUUAAAAAAGCCAAGACUUUUCGCUGCGCUCCCUUCGCACAUUGGAAGCUCCCGAUUCUGGCGACAACACACUCCACAAAACGAGGCCGCUAAACCGGACUCUGUUAUUUAAAAGCGAGGAGUGCGUUACGACUGGAAUUGGAGUGUGGCUUGAAGAAGUAGUAUGAUUCUCUGUGUGCCAGGUCCCCGAGGUCUUUUGCCCACUGCUCCAACGACUGAGGCCCCCCACAGGGGCAUGCGGGCAGGGACGGUCGCGCCAACGCCUUGCCUCCAGAGCAGCACGUCACUAUGGGAUCCCACCAAGGAUCUGCAGGCCAUUGCGAGCAACUUCUGCCACUUAGAAACAUCAGGGUGGUACUGGGGAGCUAUAAGUGCGGCCCAGGCGCACGGUGCACUUCAAGAGGCCUCUGAGGGGGCUUUUCUGGUACGAGACAGCAGCCACCCUUUGUACAUGCUCACCCUCUCCGUCAAGACGGCCCGCGGUCCCACCAGCAUACGCAUCCAGUACAGCUGUACCCGCUUCUUGCUGGACUGCAGCUCGCCGGCUCGGCCCAGCUUGUCGUCCUUCCCCAGCGUGCCUAGUCUGGUCCAGCACUACAUGGGACCGGAGAGGAGCGCGGCAGACGAGGAGGGGGGCACGGCGGCCAAGGAGGCUACUUCCAAAGUGACAAUCCAGGAGUCGUCGGCGUCUGUGGUGCUAAAAUUAAGGCGGCCCGUGUACAAGCCGCAGAGCCUGCCCUCCUUGCAGCACCUUACCCGCCUGGUCAUCAACAGGCAUUCGGAGCGCCAUGACCAGCUACCACUCCCAAGGCCUCUGCUGCGUUUCUUACAGGAAUACCCCUUCAAGGUAUGAGGCUUAUCUCAACUGCAAAGGAGGACAAACACACAAACUGUUCCUUUUAUCCCCCCGCCCCCCAUUCACAUGGAAAUGACAUUUGCUGCUUCAGAACUUUGGACACAGGGUCAUUAUUAUUUUUUUUUUAAACAUGUAUAAAUUGAGUUGAUAUCAGCGCGCAUGAGUGCGUGUGCGUGUAUGUGUGUGUGCGGAUAUAUCAUUUGGACUGGAUUGCAUGAGAUGUACAUACACUGAUUCCAUUUACAUACCUUUGCCGUUUUAUUUUUUUCAGUAAAAGCCUUUUUCUACCUUUUA